AUGUUUUCAUUAGAGAGCACCGGUCUAACGGGUUUAUUCGUGAAUGAGCACCCGCACCGUGCCUUGACUGUGGUGUAUGGACGUAUUCUGAGAUCGUUGGAGCAGAUGCCUGUGAAUGCGGCGUAUCGACAGUAUACCGAGCAGAUUGUGAAGAGGAGACUGGCGCUGGUGCAGGAG